AUGCGAGAUCCAUCGGAACUGGGCGUCAGUGAUACGAACAACGAUGCCAGCACCACCAGAACGGCGGCGGCUGGGAGCAACACGAGUAACAGCGGCGUCUUCGAAGCGACGUAUUCUCUCCAAAACGAAGACCACACGUUAGGGAAUUGCCUCCGGUACCAACUGAACAAAAACCCCGGCGUUGCACUCGCCGGGUACAGCGUCCCACACCCGAUGGAACGGAAAGUGAACGUGAGAGUACAAACGAUUCAGCCGCUGACCGCGGAUGGGGCCAUGCGAGAAGCCCUGUUAGAUGUCGUGAGCAUUUGCGAGCACGUGACGGAAACGUUCGAGGCUGCUUUGGGAGCCGCCUCUGAAGGAGCAGCUCCAGGCGGGGCGGCGAGAGGAAAAGGGAAAAAGUAG